CCACACGUGGCUCGGGGCUUCCUGUUGUCUACUCGCGUCCUUGGUCGUCUAGGGCUUACACAGCGAUCCAUCCUACGCCCGCUCGUGCUUGCGAGCCCCGCGCUCCGAGGCAUGUGGGCGGGCGUCGCGGGACUGAGAGGCUCCUGCACGGGGCUUCAGGUUCUGCGGGGCGGCCACAGGGCCGCGCUUCUUCCCGGCCGCGAGUCGGCCCUGCACACCUCGGUCGCCUCCUGCGGCAGCAAGAACUUGCUCAAGAAAUUUGCUUCGAAAACCAGAAAGAAGUUUUGGUAUGAAGGUCCAUCCCUGGGGUCUCACUUGACUCCCAGGCCGUCCAGGUAUGAGUUCCUCACAAAGAAUACCUUCAAAAAGACCAGGAAGGAAGACAGUAUACGCCUGAAAGUCCUGAAUGGCCUUCUCUACAAAUCAUUAUCGGAACUGCUGUGCACUCCUGAAGUGAGCCAGGAGGUGUACGACCUGAAUGUGGAGCUCUCCAAGGUCUCCGUGACUUCUGACUUCUCAGCCUGCCGGGUGUACUGGAAGACAGGGGUCUCUGCCGAGCAGAACAAGCACACGGAGGCCGUGCUGCAGAGGAGCGCCGCCUACAUGAGGCAUCUUCUGCUAUCUCAGCAAACCCUGAGGAAUGUUCCACCCAUAGUGUUUGUUCAAGACAAAAGAGACAUAGUCCUGGCUGAGGUAGAUCGGUUACUGGCAGUGGCUGACUUUGGACCCCCAGAUGAAAGGGAUGAUUUGGACGGUUUGAGGAACCCUGCCCAGGCACCACCCGACUCCCCAGAACCAAGCACACACCCAAAUCUCUGUGGGAUUGACCACGAGGCACUGAAUAAGCAAAUAAUGGAGUACAAACGCAAGAAGGAGCGAGGGCUUCAGUGUAUGAGCCUGGUGCCACCAUCAGGGCGGGAGCAGGCGCCUGAUCCAACCCGUUUGCUCCGGAAGAGAAAGAAGGCCCGAUCCCGGCAGCACCGGAACGCUUCCCCCAGAAGCUUCCUUUUGGGUGAGGAGGAUGAGGGCGAGGACAGCAGCACGGAGUGGGAAUGCCACGCCCAUGAGGCAGAGGACGAGUGGGAAGCAGAGCAUGAAGCUCUGGGGCAAAAGAGAGCAGGGGUAGGGGUGGAGCCUCCGAGCUCCCCGCCCCUGCCUGUGGGUCCGACUGCAGGCCGGAGCCGCCUCUGAGCAGAAUGGGGAGUUUACUUCCCGGACAGGAGAUGAAGGAGGAGCUCUUGGUGCUGACCAUCCUUGCACCGCUUUCCAGCUACCUGUACACCCCAAUACUUGUCUGGACUCCCUGGUUUUUCUCCAACAUUCAUGAAUAACUAAAAAAGAAAUAACAUCACUGAGAGACUCACAAACCUGGUGUAUCUUACCUCAUAGUCACUGGCGAAGGCAGCCUAGCCUCAGUGGCAGGUUUGCUGAGCACAGAACCCAGAGGACUGCAUCUGCAGAGCUCCACCGCAGAUCCUCAGUGAUAGGACCUUGUCCCUUGUCCCGGAUAAAUAAAGUAUUUUGUAUUUACUCUGAGAA